AUGGUGCGUCAUAGCUCGGAGGCCCCCAGUCCUACUCCUGGGGGACAGACCAGCUUGGGCUCCUCGAUCUAUCCACCAGAAUAUAUAUGGAAUUCCCUCUCGGAUACCCAACGGGACUCGUUCAUGUCCACUGUGUCAGCGUCCCUGGCCACGGGCGAUGGACCGCGCAAGCGCCCACGUAUAGAUCUCACUACGGAGGAGGAUGCCGACCAUGGUAGGGUCCCGUCUCUUGUUUUGCCUAUCCUCCCCCGCUUCCCUGGCCUCGACCGUGCUGCAAUCAUAGCCAUCUUCGAGCACACCUUCCGCCCAAAGAAGGACCUUAUAAAACUGCGUAGCCCCGAGUUUAAAGUCUCGGCACUGGAUGGCGAGUCUUUCGACUUAAAAUCUACUUUAUCUGGCCUGCAAUUCCGUAAGGUGAUCUUAAUCAAGGAUUGGGGAAACGACGCAUCCCUCUGGGCCCAUUGCUUCAGCAACUACGUCGCUAUCUGGUGUGAAUUCUUCGCUGCAAAGCACCCGGUAUGCAUCAGUGGGAUGGUCCUCUUCCACCGUCGUAUUUGUGACCUUGCUAGGGCAUAUAAAUGGCAGGAUUGUAUCCUGCAAAUGGCCCUAGACCACCACCAGAUGGUUGUCGAUAAAGGCGACCUUACCGUUUCUCUUAGUGACUAG